AUGCCAAUAUUAGAACAAUUUCAACCUCAAAUAAUACUUGUUUCAUGCGGUUUUGAUGCAUGUAUAGGACAUCCACAUCCACUUGGGGGUUAUGAAUUAACUCCGACAUGUUUUGCUUAUAUGACAAGAAAAUUAAUGAGUUUAGCUGAUGGAAAAGUUGUUCUGGUUUUAGAAGGGGGUUAUGAAUUAAAUGCAUUAGCUGAAUGUGGAAAAUUAUGUGUUGAAGCAUUACUUGAUCGACCAAUACCAAUGUUUAGUGAAGAAGUUCUUGAAGCUCAACCUAAUCCAUAUGCAAUACGCAGUUUAAAACAAGUUAUUGCAGUACAACGUGAAUUUUGGCCUUCGAUUGAACGAUAUGAACAUUUAGUGUCUAUGUCACAUGCAAAGAGUACAGAUUCGUAA